AUGCUUAGAGAAAAAAAUGAAAAAAUAUUUAUGUCAAAUAAUUUUUGUACUUCAGAUAAUAUUAAGAUAGUAUCUGUAAUGGAAUUAAAUAAAAUAAAAUUAGAAGGAUAUAUGAGAAAUAUAAAAAUUGAAAAUCUAAAAUAUUUAAGAAGUGUAGAAACAUUAAACUUAAGCAACUUUUAUUUAUUAUAUGUUUACCUUAAAGACAUUUACUAUAUAUUUUUUUAUUUUAUAAUUCAUUUAAAUAAAGAUGAAAAUAUUCUAAAAGAAAAAGAAAUUUUAAAAAAUUAUUUUAUUUAUAAUACUAGAAUUGAAAAUUUUAAUAAAUUUUUAAAAUGUUUAAAAUAUUUUAUUUCAGACAUAUUAAAUUACAAUAUUCCUCUAAACAUAGAUGAAUAUAGAGAAGUUUUAUUGAAACAAAGUAAUAAUUCUAAUAAUGAUAAUAUAAAAAUUCAUAGAGAAAAUGAGAAAAAAGAAGAUGAAAUUGAAAAUUAUAAAAGUGAAAGGAUAAAUGAAAAAAAUAAUUCUCAGUAUUCUGAUUAUAUAAAUGAAUUUCUAAAGUUCUUAUAUACAAAAGAACAAAUAGAGUUUUUUAAUAUUGAUGAAUUAGUAAAUGAUAGAAUAAAAAAAGAUAAUUUUUAUGAGAAAAAAAUUAGAGUAAGUAAUAAUAUUUCUAUUUAUAAGCUUUCAUAUCUUUAUUUUAAUGAUAAAUUAAAAAGAAUAAGACUAGAUUAUAUUUUUCAUCUAAUAUUGUCAAAAAAAUUAAAAGAUAAUAAUAUUAAAGAUGAAGUAGUUCAAAACGAAAAUUUAAUUUUUUUUUACAUUUAUGAACAGUUGUUUUUAUUAUAUAUUUCGCAUUUUAAAUACUAUAUUUUUUCUUUUUUUUUAUAUUCUUAUGUAAAGUAUAUAAAGAAUAGUAAUAAUAAAAAUAAUAAUACCAAUCAAUGUGAAUUUUUAUUUAAUUCUGAUGAUAAUAUGAAGAAUUUGUCAAGUUUAGUUUCUUAUAUUAUGAGCUUCAUAAAUAAUGUUUUAACACGUUUAAGUGUUAUAUUAAAAAAGGAAAAAAUAAAAUUUUAUGAGAAUAUUUGUGAAAAAAGUGAAGAAAUAUAUAAUUAUGACAUAAUUAAUGAAAUAUUAAAAACAAAAUUUUUUUUUAAAUAUGUAAGUGCUCAACACAUUGACUUUGUUUUAUCAUGUGUUAUUUUAUUAAAUAUAUGCAAUCAAAAUUUUAUGCAAUCUUAUUUUUACUUUAAUAAUAUUUAUGAUCAUUUUUUUUAUGUUUUUAAAAAAUACAACACUUCUAUAAAUUUGUGGAAAGAACUUAGAAGCAAAAAUUACUUUAGAUUUUUUGAAGAUUUGAAAAAAUUAUCUAUAAUUGAAAGAUUUGCUCUUUUUUUUAAUCUAAAAAAUAUUAGGGUUGAUUAUAUAUAUAGUAUAUUAUAUUCAGCAAAUAAUAGAAAUAAAUUUUCUUUAAAUGUAAAAUUUAUAGAUGAAUGUUUAAAUUUUUAUAAUAUAAAAAGAACAACAUACUUAUUAAAAUGUUUAGGAAUCCAAAUAGAAAAUGAAAAAAUUAUUUUCAAUAUGUCAAAUAAAUUAAUUGGAGAAAGUAAAUCAAGAUGUUUUCUUUUAGAUAAUAAAUAUGAAUGUUUUAAAAAUUUUUUUAAAAUUUACCAAGAUUCAAUUGAAGAUUAUAUUUAUAUUUUUUACGAAGAAAAAAUAUUUGAUCAAAAUAAAUGUUUCACUAAAUUUGAUAUUCCAAAAUUAAUUUGUUUUUGGUGA